CAUAUCUGAGCCGUUUAUUCAAUUGGUCAGUUACGAAGAGCUCUCUCGUUCAGCUGAGCUCAUGGAUGACGCGCAAGUUGAUGUCAGUUGGUUUUCGGUUGUUUAUUCGUUCGGUUGUGUCUCCGGCAACCAUCUCCAUGGCAACGGCCAUACAAGUUUCUGUUCGAGCUGCAAAUAUUUGUCACGGAUUGUGAAAAGCAACUGAAUUGAAUAUUUUGACAUUCGCAAAACGCAUCGACGUGGAACCGCAUUGAAAACUCAACAAUGGCUCAACUGGAGGGGCGAGUCAUCGAAACGGAGAUGAAAGCCAUGGACGCCAAUCGCUAUGCGACCAAAAAAACUAUUGCCCAGGGCAUGCUGGAUAUAGCCUUGCUGACGGCGAACGCAUCCCAGCUGAAAUAUAUACUUCAGGUCGGGGAACAGCAUCAGUUCUACAAGCUAAUGCUUAUACUCAUUAGCUUGUCAAUUGUUAUGCAGGUGGCUGCAGGAGUUUUACUAGUUGUUCAAUCUCUUGUCAGCAUUGCCAAGUCGCAGAAUCGUUCAAUACUUUUUACAGUCAAUCAUUUUGUGGAUGCCUUCAUAUUUUUAUCUGUGUUCUGUGAUAUUUUAAAAAUGAAUUUUGGCUUGGAUCCAGCUAUACCCUACAAAGUUGAUGAAGUUGAAGUUUUCAAAACUUAAUUUCGAUGUUGUAAUCAGCAGCCUUAUGAAAUUUCCAAAUAUAUAAGCUUUUAGAUAUAAGAAUCUGAAGUCCUUUUUCUAUGUAAGUUUUCAGUAUUUUAAAUCAAGAACUUUAA